UUUUUAGUUUGCUGCUCAUUUCAUUUUCAAAUAUUAUUUCACUUUCAAAUAUCAGUAACAGAUGUAAAUACUAAUCUGUUCUUUAAUAAGGCCAUAUGUUAAGCCUAAAUGAUAAUAAUGUGUACUCUUUAGUUGUAGGCUACUUGUUGACUUGUCUGUAGUAUCAAGGUUCAAUGGAUUUUACCAUAGAGCGUGCUGCUCGUGACAUCAUCAACCCGCGUCAAAGUUUUCUUGCUAUUAUCCUAUUUGUCAUCUUGAAUAUUUGCCUGGAUAAAACAAAUGCCAGCAGAACUGCUAAACUAGCCUCUGGCCAAAAGAAACAUCUUUUGUUUGAAGUACAGCCGGGAUCUGAUGCAACAGUGUUAUGGAAGGUUGCUGUGAGAAUAGUAUGCACCAAGAUUAACAAGGAGGAUGGAAUGGUGGAGGCCUCCCGUAUUAUGAAUCUGUACCAGUUUAUCCAUCUCUACAAAGACAUCACCAGUCAGGCAGCUGAAGUACUGAGUUCAGAGGCUGCGGCAGAGGGAUCCUCUGGACCGCUGUCAUCAGAAGAUACCUGCCAGGCCAGCAUGUGGAUGGGCAGGGUGAAACAGUUGACUGAUGAGGAAGAAUGCUGUAUCUGCAUGGAUGGGAAAGCAGACCUUAUUCUGCCCUGUGCACACAGCUUCUGUCAGAAGUGUAUUGACAAGUGGAGCGGUCAGAGCCGAAACUGCCCCGUCUGUCGGAUUCAGGUGACUGCCGCUAAUGAAUCAUGGGUCAUGUCAGAUGCUCCCACGGAGGAAGAUAUAGCUGGGUACAUUCUCAAUCUUGCGGAUGAAGCUGGGCACCCACACAGACCUUAAAAUGAAGCCCUGUGCCACUGUCAUACUGUCUCCCCAUAACAGAUGACCUUCUUUGAACAGCUGUUUCAUUGGGUGACUGUGGGUAUUUGUUGCACUAUAUAGUGUCACUCACUGGAGGCAAUAACUGCUGAUAUUUUGACUUUUUAAAAAACAAUUUUUAGGUUAAUGCAUCAUAUUAUAACACCUGAUCAAUUCAUAGACAUGUGACUGUGAACUUUAUGUAGGUAAAUGCUAGACAACAUGUAGCUGUAGAACUUCAUUGCCUCGUUGCACUUGCCAUUUUAUCUUGUUUGUGAAGUAAUUGCACUUAAUUGCUUUUGUUUCGUAAAGGCCUUGUAAUACCUGGAUAAGUGUCACAGUAUCAGCAUGUGCAACAGUUUAAUAGUAUUGAUGCUUUAAUUCAGUCACACAUGAUUCCGUUACAUUGACUGUACAGUUGAUGUGCAUUUAUAAUCUUAAGGUUUAAUGGAAUAACUGUAGUGAUCUGUUUGACAUGAACUCUUUAUCUAUGUGUAAGUUGGACCAAAAGUUAAUUAUAGGGCAUGACUCCUAUAACAUUCAUUAUGAAACAUAAUUGGGAUGAAUUAACAUUUGAGAGUGAACUAAUUUGCUUGUUUUCUUUUGCAGCUUAAUGAGUUGCAAACGAAACUUUUGUUUUAUAGGGCAUCACCACAGUGGUGGUUAGUUACCUUUUAAUAUUUUUCUGGUUUGAAAUCCUAGACUUUUCAUCCUGCACUUUUGUGUGUAUGAGAGAGACUGUGAAUCUGUGGGCUUAAGAAAUUCACUUGUAUUAUAAAAUAUAUGUAUAGGUCAAACUUUAUAAGUCUACAUUUGUGUGGCAGUUUAUGAAGAUGUAAUCCAGUUUAUCAAGAUCUAGUUUUAAAAACGUUCAUUUCUGCAAUAUUGUCACAGAUUUAUAGAGGUGGGACUGAAUGUUUGAAGUUUAAUCAGAGAAAAUUACACUAGUUACUGCUUCCUUUUGUGAUAGAGUUCUUUGAAAUAUGG